AUGGACGAUUCGGUCGAUCCCGAUGCCGUCAAAUUCGUGCCCUCGCCCGACGCGCCCGACAUCAUGAACGAUCCCGCCUUCGCCCCUCCACAACGCCGAGAUACCACUUCAUCCAAGUUCGGGAGCGAGAGUGCUUUUGGCGCGGACACUUGUCGUAUAUGUCGGAGCGAAGACACGCCUCAAGAACCUCUGUUCUACCCCUGCAAAUGCAGCGGCAGCAUCAAGUUCGUCCAUCAGGAAUGUCUGAUGGAAUGGCUUUCUCACUCUCACAAGAAGCACUGCGAGCUGUGCAAGACGCCUUUCCGCUUCACGAAGCUGUACGAUGCGAACAUGCCCAAGAGGCUUCCCUGGACGGUUUUCGCGAGAAGAGCAUGUGUACAUGCGGUUGUGUUUGCCGUACAAGCAAUCCGAGCUCUGCUUGUGAGUAGCGUCUGGUUGGUGGUAUUGCCCUACAUGAUUCGAUGGGCCUGGAGAUGGAUGUUCUGGUUCGCGGACGCUGGAUGGGCAAGAGAGACUUUCAUACGCAAAAUGCAACCGGACAGUCGAUCCAACCACACAACCGCCGUUACUUCACAGGUCGGCGACCUGUCCUUCUCUGACACUCUCUACACGGCUUUCGAGCAAGUGUGGCAUGGCCGGAUAGGCUCUGCCGAGGCACAACACACUGAAACGACAGUGGACAUGAUCUCUGGUCUCGUGAAUAACGCAUUCAACGCGACUCCCACGGUGGAUGAAGCUCGAAAUGCCACAGAUAUCUGGCCCCGCGCUGACGUCUCGAUCCUCUCCUCCUGGACCUAUAUUUCCGAAAUGACGGCCAGCCCUCAGCUGAAUGGUGUCAUUCUCGACGUCUUUGAAGGCCAGCUUAUAACUUGCGUCGUUAUCACAGGCUUCAUUUUGGUCUUCCUGAUUAGAGAAUGGGUGGUGCAGCAGCAACCGCUUGUCAACCUUGAUAACCUCAAUCACGAGCAACGAGAACGUGAGAGAUUGGUGAGGGAAAGAGAAAGAUUGAUGAGACAGGCUGAGUUGCUCGAUCAGGCGCGGGAGCGGCUUGCAACACUGCAGGCUGAAGCGGAGGCUUUGGAAGGCGAGAGCAGCAGCAGCGCCGCGGGAGCCAGGGAAGAAUUCAAAGGGUGGGAGAAUCUGAGCUCGCUCAUUGAUUCCGCGAACAAGAGUCUACAGAGCAGCCAUGCCGAGGCUCGAGACGAGUUCGAGAAGAUCGUCCGCGAAGUGAUGGCUCAGGUCCGUGUAUCGAAUUCGUCAGACUCCAGCGCGGCAGAAGUCGCUGAAAAAGUUUACGGGAAGCUGGCCUUGCUAUCUGAUCAAGACCGGGAAGCUUGGGAAGAGAUCUUCGUUUCUGAACUUAAAGAGCUCGGCCAUUCUAAGGAAGCUUUCAGUGAACGGUUUGGCAUUUUAGUUCCUGAGAUCGAAGACGAUGCGAACAGCAAUACUAGAAGACCGCCCAUGCCGACCCGGGACACCAUCUCGCGAGCUACUCAAAUUCAGCGCAUCUUAGAGGAGGCCGACAUUGCCUUGUCUCCCGAUGGCCGGCAUCACACAUCCUCGCCGACUGCGAAUGCAGAGCUCGGAACUGAGAGUGCAAGUGUUGUCAGUGAUUCGUCCACCGAAGGCAGCUGGCAACAAGUGAGCCCACCAGAAGAGCCAGCCGAGCAGGUAGAUCACAGGGAUAUCUUCCAGGACGAGAACGACGAGAUUCCGAUAACGAACGCCGGGCCCGAUGCCAAAGUUAACAUCAAACGUACUGGCAAGAAGAAUGCGAAGAGUAUUGUCCCAGAGCCGAAGCCGCCGUCAGACAUACUCUCAAAUGAAGAGCUUAUGGACCUGCUCAAGCAAGGGGAGGAAAUUCGCCAGGAUCGCGCCAAAAGCGCUACUGCUGAGUCUUCGGCUAUCCCUGCGUCGCAGCAAAGCGAACCGACUGAGACAGCUAUCAAUGUGUUCCAUUUCGAAGGCGCCGAGCCAGAAAAGCACAGCACAGACGAGGCGCAGCAGCGGGAGGACAACGCUCUUGAUGUUGAAGAUGGUCAAGAAACAGAAAGAGCUUCUCGAAUCGAUAUCGCUGGAGAUGACGCUGUCGACAACCACUCUCGUCCAACUGAGCCGGCUCUCAGUCAGCAGCAAGGCCCGCCGGCAAAUGCGUGGACGAAGCUCGUGGACUGGUUUUGGGGAGACAUCGAGGCACCAGGUACGCUAGAACCACUGGCGGAUCCGAAUGAGGAAAUGGUGGGCGAGGGCGAGGACGCUCAACAAGCGCCAUUUGUGCCCGUCCAGGGUGGACAACCUGCCAUCCCCGACAACCCACACCACGAGGAAGAGCAACAGAAUGAUCCUGAAGUCGUUGCUGCCGCCCAGCAAGCCGGUCUAGAUGCCGAGGCCAUCGAGGAUGCAGAAGACCUUGAAGGCAUUCUCGAACUCAUUGGACUCCAAGGCCCACUCAUCGGCCUUUUCCAGACAUCGUGCUUCUGUAGUGUCCUCGUCACAGGUACGGUGUUUGGUGCCGUUGGUCUACCAUACGUCUGGGGCAAGCUGGUACUAUCCUUCAUUGGCGCGCCUGUCACCUUCCUCGUCAAGACGCCAUUGCAGGUAGCAUCCUUCAUCGCCGACCUGUUGAUUGAUCUCACGCUACUGGUUGUUGGCUGGUUUGUUUUUGUGCUUGGCCUUGGCGUUGGACUUAUCCUGAGUGUUUUCACAACCUGGGCGCCGACAUACAGAGAUUCCGAUGCUUUCCAGUGGAUCACGAAGUUCGUGACCUCGACUGCCGCGAAUGCCGGGUAUAGACUGCAAAAUUUGCUUCUCAGCGAAGCGCCAGUCGGCUAUCCUGGGAUGCCUGGUUGGAACUGGGCCUUUUUAAGCGCCUCGGUACACGCUCACGCUUCGCUUAAAACCCUUGAGGCCGAAGUGAACUCUAUGCUGAAUCGCAUUGGUCAUUUCAUUACUUCUGUGGUUGAGACCAUCUCUUCGGGCUCUACGUCUUUCUUGUGGGGGCGUGUUUCUAGUGCCAUGUCUCACGUCCAUGCCGUUCCAGCAAAAUUGUUGGCUGGUCUUGAAGCACUCGGACAAUACACACGCCCUUGGCUUGACAUCAUUGGCAACCUGAGGAAUGGUACUCUUGUCAUCCCGUCAGAGCAGGUGCCCAUGGACCCUGCGCUCGUUUACUGGAAUUCGAACGACCGUGGUCUUGCGGUUCUCGCUGGAUACAUGGCGUUGGCCGCCCUCGCAACCAUCUAUGUCGCUGCGGAUACCCCAAUCACGCGAUCUCAAGCAGGCCAGAAGGCCGAAAAGGUGGUUCGCGACUCACUCCGUCAGGCUGGCGGCGUCUUCAAAGUGAUUCUCAUCAUUAGCAUCGAGAUGCUCGUCUUCCCGCUCUACUGCGGUCUGCUGCUGGACAUAGCCUCUUUGCCCCUCUUCAACAACGCCUCAGUGGCAACGCGCUGGGCAUUUGCUGUGCACUCACCGUACACCUUCUGCUUCUGGCACUGGUUUGUGGGAACUGGUUACAUGUUCCACUUCGCGCUUUUCGUCGCUAUGUGCCGCAAGAUUCUGCGCAAGGGCGUCUUAUGGUUCAUUCGCGAUCCAGACGACCCGACGUUCCAUCCAGUCCGUGAUGUUCUGGAGCGCAAUGUUAUCACACAACUGCGCAAGAUUGCGUUCAGCGCAUUGGUGUACGGCCUCCUGGUAAGCAUCUGCCUUGGUGGAGUCAUUUGGUCGAUUGGACGGGUCUUCAAAGGCAUUUUUCCAAUAAAUUGGAUCUCGACCGACCCGGUUUUGGAGUUUCCGUUCGACCUCUUCCUGUACAAUCUCGUUGUCCCGCUGAGCAUCAAACUCUUUAAUACUGCCAAGAUCAUCAGCACCAUGUACGCCUGGUGGCUGCGGCACUGCGCGAGAGGCCUACGCCUGUCUCAUUUCUUGUUCGACGACCGCAGAAAGGAUGAAGAAGGGACACAUGUGCACACGUCGUGGAUCAGCUUCCUGAUGAUGAAGAAGGCGAGUCCCGAAAGGCCUACCGUGCCUUCCAAAACGCAACUGACCAAGAACGGAGAGCUGCCUGAGGUCUACUUCAAACGAGACGGCAAGUAUGUCUUAACGCCUUGCAACGAUCAGUACCGACCACCAAAACCUGGCGAGGCCUUCCUGCACGCUGAUGAUGAGGAUGUCUACAUCGCGGACAAAGACGGCAAGAAGAGCGAUCACUUCGCGAAAGUGUACGUUCCUCCAUUUUUCCGACUCAGAGUCACUCUGUUCAUGGUUUGCCUGUGGCUGUUCUCCGCUUUCGCAGGUCUUUGCGCGACGCUGGUGCCACUUGUAUUCGGGCGGUAUGUUCUGAAGUCUCUACUGCCGGUGGAAAUCAAAGUCAACGACAUCUAUGCCCACUGCAUUGGCGCAUACAUCCUGGGAGGCUGUCUGUACAUUGCGUUCAAGGGUCAAUCAGGUGCGCAGUAUCUCAGGCAAAAGGUACAGGCCAUCGAUGUUCAAGUCUGGGUCGAGACUUCGAAGAAGUACGGGACUCGAGCGUUGAAAUGCGCCUAUGUCUACGGCUUUGCGGCUACGGUUGUGCCCGCAGUGGUUGUCAUGCUGCUACAACUCUACUUUCUGGCUCCGCUUCACACCUACAUGCACUCUGCGCUCGGUCCUUUGGUGGAAGACACACUUGUAAAUGUCACCGGCCUCAACCUCACUAUUUCGGCACCGACAAAUGGCACCAACCUGACCACCUCAUUUGUACAGAAUGGCAAUCAGACAGGACAAGCCGGAUCUACUCGCGUUGUCGAACACAACAUCUACGCACUAUCAGAUGGAGCUUUGGGAUUCAUGCUGGUCAACCUCUGUCGCACCGUGGUGACAGCUCCUGGCUCUCGUGGCGCUGAGGCUGUGCGUCGUGUUUUCGCUGACGGAUACUUCAAUCCGAAUGCCCGACUUGCUACUCGUUUCUUCAUCUUACCUGUCGUCUUGAUUGGUGCGAUCCUUCUGGUUGCACCACUCGGUCUCGCGCAGGUCAUCAUUGGCAGCAUCUCGUUCUUCAUUCCUGCCGCCGUUGGGGAAUUGGGAGUUCUGAUAUACCGCUUCAGCUACCCGAUGGCCGCUGGUCUGGUCGCGAUCGGAAUUGGCAGCAAGGAACUGUCUCGUGCUACUAGUAGGUGGAGGAGUCGAAUCCGAGAUGAAGUUUAUCUCGUCGGCGAAAGGCUACAUAACUUUGGGGAGAAGAAACCACCUGCGGGAAGUCGCAGCGUGGUGAGAAGGGAUCGGUAG